AUGGGUGUCACUGGCCUCUGGACCGUUCUGCAGCCCUGCGCGCGGCCAAUCAAGAUCGAAACGCUGAACAAGAAGCGCCUCGCCGUCGAUGCCUCCAUCUGGAUAUACCAGUUCCUCAAGGCCGUGCGCGACAAGGAAGGAAACGCUUUACGGAACAGCCAUAUCGUUGGUUUCUUUCGCCGAGUAUGCAAGCUUCUCUUCAUCGGCAUCAAGCCCGUCUUCGUCUUCGAUGGCGGCGCACCGGCGUUGAAGCGACAAACCAUCAACAACCGCAAGUCGCGACGUGAAGGUAGACGAGAAGAUGCGGUCCGGACAGCUGGAAAGUUGCUGGCUAUACAAAUGCAGAGGGCUGCUGAGGAAGAAGAGAAGAGGCGGAAGGAAGCUGCCAAGCAUCCAAGAGAGGAGCCACCGCAACAGGAGGAAGAGAUACCCGAUAAUCUGGUCUAUGCGGAGGAACUUCUGCAGACGCCCCAGGAGCGAACAGAAAAUCGCACCUUCAAGAAGAAGGACCAAUAUCACCUUCCGGACCUGGGCAAGUCCAUGUCAGAAAUGGGGGCUGCGAAUGAUCCCAGAGUCAUGUCGCUCGAAGAGCUGGAGGAGUACGCACGUCAAUUUGACAGAGGCGAAGAUAUCAAUGUCUAUGACUUCUCCAAGAUUGACUUCGAUGGUCAUUUCUUCCAGAGCCUGCCUCCGGCUGAUAGGUACAAUAUCUUGAACGCAGCCAGGCUAAGAAGUCGACUCAGGAUGGGACACUCAAAAGAACAGCUUGACGCAAUGUUUCCAGACAGGAUGGCUUUCUCCAAGUUCCAAAUCGAGCGUGUGCGCGAACGUAAUGAACUUACGCAGCGAUUGAUGAACCUCAACGGGAUGAACGACGAUGCAUUUGGCGCAGGCGGAUUCAAUCGCGUUGCGGGCGAGAGAGAUAGGGAGUAUGUUCUCGUCAAGAACGACGGAGUGGAAGGCGGUUGGGCCCUCGGAGUUGUGCUGAACAAGGAAGAGGGCAAAGCUCACAAGCCGAUUAACGUGGACCUACCAGAGCGCCCUGCUGAAGAAGAACAAGAAUGGGAGGACGAUGAAGACUUCGAGGACGUCCCAAUCGAGGGCCUGAACAGGCUGCCAAAGCCCAAGGGGAGCUUGAGCGCCCAAGAGAAGGAGGGCCGUGAGUUCAUCGCGAACGAGCUUGCGACACGACGCAGAAGGCUUUACAAGUCGAGGAGAGAGAAGCCAGUACAGUCUAAACCACAAAGGGCUACCCCGGUCAACCAGGAUCCAGACUCGUUGUUCCUUGCGGAUGACAACGAAGAAGAGGAAGACUGGGAGAACGUUCCGAUGAACGGGGCGAUCGAUGUGGAUGAUGCAGGGGAUGAUGUUGAGAACGAGCAGUUACAGCAAGCCAUUGCCUUGUCAAUGCAACCCGAGAAACAAGUUGUCGCUGAGGAAUCUGACGACGAUCCAGUGCGUGAAGUUUUCGAACAGAAGCGUGCCGCUGAAGCCAAUCCUUUCGCUGGAACGAAGGGUUCUGGAAUGGCUAUCGCAAGGCUUGCCAAUCAACGCAGUAACAAGCUUGCUCCAAAAGGUCCUUUUGAAGGAAGCGACAGUGAAGAGGAUAUGGACUUGCAGGCUGCACUAGCGGAGUCUCGCAAGUCCAAACGUCCAGUUAAGCCAAGGAAAUCGUCAUUUACACAACAGGACCCAACACCAGCACCCGCUAUCAAGUCUGCGCUAAAGCCGAAGAACGCUGCCGGUUUUGACGGGCCGCUCCCUUUCGAAAGACUCAACCUAGGCAACUCUCUUUUAGGCAAGAAGAAAAUGGAGAAGCUCGAAGAAGACAACGCAGGCGGUUUCGAAAGAGACUAUGGGCAAGAUAAGAAGGAUGCCGUGCCACUUCCACCUUGGUUCAGCGGCCAAAGAGAUAUUGCAAAGGAAGUGAAUGCUCAACGGCAAGAAGAGAAGGAACAGUGGGAAGAAGCACGUCAGGAGGAGAAGUCCAGAUUCCAGUUCCAGCAGCUCCCAACCCUUCGAAAGCCAGAGACCAAAGAAGUUAUUGAUUUAGAUGCGCCAGCUAGCCAAAAUCAGGACCAAGUGAUUGCAAUCGACUCAGACGACGAGGCCGAUGCACAGAUGGAAGACGUUCCAGUUGAGGAUACCAAAUUGAGGAUGGGCGAUCUCGCUGACAAAGUCAAGGCGGAGCCCCCUAAACCGCUUUCUCCGCAGCAGAAGUCGCCUCCCCGCCAAGAUCCUAGUCUGGUGAAGAAGACCCCAUUUGCGGAUGAUUCUGAUGAGGAACCAGUGGAUUGGUCUGAGAGCGAGCCUGAAGACGAGAGACAUGUACAGCAGAAGUCGACCACCGGCGGGAAGUCAGAGCCAACCGUUGUGCACCCUCCAAGGUUUCCGUCCGAAGAAUCGGAAGAGUUUGAGGAUGUACCCAUGCAAACAGAGACAGCCGAUUUGACUGAACCUACUAAGUCGGCAUCUCCAGAGUUUGAAGAUGUGCCUAUGCAGGGCGAACCUGUUUCAGCAGCUGCACCCCCAAAAUCACCAUCGCCAGUGUUUGAAAAUGUUCCCAUUCGCCAGGAACGACCACGUCGACCACCAAGGGAGCUAUCGCCUUUGCAAGGUCCAGACGAUCUGACAAAGCCUAUCGUCCCUCACAGUGGCGUAGCAGAUGACAGCGCACCUCUAGACAUGCCUGAAGGUAACGACUCGGAUCAGUACUCUGAUCCUGAGGACGAAGAACUCUUCGCAUCUCUAGCGAAAGAAGCAGAAGAGCAUGCGCGAUUCGCUCAAGAACUGUCCAACAACACUGCAGCCAGGGUAAAUUUCGAUGACGAGCUCAAACAGCUCCGUGCACAGCAAAAGAAAGACCGUAGAGAUGCGGAUGAAGUCACCCAGACCAUGAUAUCCGAGUGCCAGCACUUGUUAACUUUGUUCGGACUGCCGUACAUCACAGCGCCUAUGGAAGCCGAAGCGCAAUGCGCCGAACUGGUCACACUUGGCCUUGUGGACGGCAUCGUGACCGACGACUCCGAUACCUUUCUCUUCGGCGGUACGCGUGUCUACAAGAACAUGUUCAACGCAGCCAAAUUUGUCGAAUGCUACCUUGCCCAAGACCUCACCAAUGAAUUCAACCUCACACGGGAGAAGAUGAUUGCAAUUGCCCAAUUGCUUGGCAGCGACUACACAACAGGCAUUCCAGGCAUCGGGCCCGUAACCGCGCUUGAAAUCCUCUCCGAGUUCCAAGACCUAGAGUCUUUCCGAACAUGGUGGGAUGGCGUCCAAAGUGGGACUAUCAAGAAAGAAGAACACGCAAAGAAACCGUUCCGAAAACGGUUCCGCAAGAACCAGGCUACCAAACUCUUCCUACCGCCAGGGUUCCCAGAUCCUCGUGUAGCCGAAGCUUACCUUCAUCCCGAGGUCGACAGUGACCCUGAGCCGUUCCAAUGGGGCGUCCCCGAUCUGGCUGCUUUGCGUUCUUUCUUGAGUUCUCAGAUUGGAUGGAGUCCUGAGAGGACGGAUGAGGUGCUUGUCCCUGUUAUCAAGGAUAUGAAUCGAAGGGAGAAGGAGGGUACGCAGGCGAAUAUUACUCGGUUCUUUGAGGGGGGUGUCGGGGCUGGCGCUUUUGCGCCGAGAGUGAGGAAUGCAGAGAGCGGGCCGAGUGGGAAGAAGAAGGGUACGGGGGCAGCUGGAAAGAGGUUGGGUGCUGCGUUGAAUCGGUUGGCGGGGAAGGAUGGAGAGACAGGAGAUGGGGUGGCGACUGCAGGUGGAGAGGCAGAAGCUGCGCAUGAGACGACUACUGGCGGGACAGGCAGGAAGAAGAGGAAGGCUGCAAGUAAGCCCAUGUCUUUGGCUGAAAAGGAGGAUGGAGAUGCGACUGCCAGUGUUGAGGAAGAGGAAGAAGAUGAGCUUUACAAGGAGCCCACAGCGAAGAAACCACGGAAGACGCGGAAGGGGAAAGCAGCCAAGUAA